AUGAUUUUAUAUAUAAUUCUUUUGGGUACACUUGCUUGGCCUGCAAGCAAAUGCGAGCCUCCAGUUAAUAGUUACCUACCUCCUUCUGGAAUUGGCUCAUCCAGUGCCAGUCCAUCGUCACAGUAUGGGCCACCUGGAAGUGGUGGAGUAGGCGGUAAUCGGAGAGGUAAUCAACCCGGUGCGGGACUAGGCCAGAAUGGAUCCCAAGAUUCAUAUUCAAACGGACAAACAGGAUCUUCCAUUGACACUCAAUAUGGACCUCCCUCUGCAAGAGGUAGUGGACAGGGUCCUCAAAGCUUCGGGUCUCCUUCAGGAUCAGGUGGUUUUAAUCAAGGCAGAGGAAGUGCACCUAGCUCUCAAUAUGGUGCACCAGGUCAGGAUAAUGGAGCUGGAUCAAGAGGUCCAGGCGGCCAAUCUGCCGGUGGAAACAGAAGACCACAAUCUUCUUACGGUCCUCCGAGUCAAGGAUUUGGCAGUGAAAGUGGUGAUGAUUCCUUCAGACAAAAUGGUUCAGGAUUUGGACAAAGGCCGCAAAGUUCAUAUGGUCCUCCUCCAACGGGUGGAUUUGAAGCAAAAUCGGGAAGUCAACGUUUAACGUCUCAGGGUGCAGAGGGCUCUGGUUCCCAAAAUGGUUUUAGCAGUACUUCUGGUGGAAGACAGACUGGUGGAUCACCUUCAACAACCUAUGGAGUUCCAGGUUUUGAAGGACCGGGCAGUGGACAAACGGGUGGUUUCGGAGGUGUCUCAGGAGGUGCUUUUGGUGGUAGGGAUUCUGGUCGUGGUCAGAACUUCGAUGGAGAUGAAUCGAAUGAACCCGCUAAAUACGAGUUCAGUUAUGACGUGGACGACUCGCAGACAGGUACUAAAUUUGGUCAUUCUGAGCAACGGGACGGUGAUCUGGCCACUGGGCAGUAUAAUGUAGUGCUGCCUGAUGGCAGGAAGCAGGUAGUCGAGUACGAGGCCGGCACGCAGGGAUAUAAGCCCCAGAUACACUACGAGGGCGGUGCUAAUGGCGGUGUUAAUGGCGGUGUUGGCUCUAGUUUUGGUUCCGGUGGAGGUCAAGGUCAAGGAGGGAGUCAAGGUUAUUCUCGAGGUGGUCCUGGUGCCAAUAACGGCUUCCCAGGAUCGGGACAAAACCAAGAUCCUAAUUCCGGGCAGUACCAAGACGCCAGUGGCUUUGGACAAGGGGACACUGAAACGAACGGAUUUAAUGGUUAUUCAAGCGAUAGACCAGGUGGCAGAAGUGGUGCUAAAACAGAAUCAGGACAGGGUCAACCAGGAUCCCAAUUUUCCCCUGGUUCAGAUGUCGAAGAUUUAAACGGAGGUCGAAGAAAUGGUUACUCAAGCGGAAACUCACUACGCGGUUCAAAUAUACCUGGAAGAAAUGGGGGAAACGGUGAAGGAUAUCCAAGAGGAGGGCCGGGUGGUCAGAACGAUAAUCAAGCUGGAAGAGGUUUUCGUGGAGACCAAAGUGGAGGUAGAGGGCGCCCCAGUUCUCAAAGCGGUGGAGACAAUAACGAAGGUUACCCUAGCGGUGGACCAUCAGGUCAGCGUGGGUCUGGCUACUAG